AUGUUUGGAUAUAUGCUUGGGAAUAGUUUUAAAGUAAAUAAAAGUAAUAAAGUUUACAAAGUAACAGUAAAUUACACUCAUGCCAAACCUCCUACAUCAUUCCGUUACGACCUGAAUAUUAAUGAAAAAUUAUCAAAAAUUCGUAUCAUACUCGAAGAUGAUAGCUUUAAUCAAAUGAAUAACACGUUCUCAUUUUCAAAUUUUAAGGCAAAUAAAUUUAUUGAAAUAAGGCAAAAAGAUGAGGAUCAUGUUAAAUUAAAUGAAAUUAUUGUGCUUAAUAACUCCGAUGAUCAAGAUAUUCAAUUAUAUUUAAUUAAAAGCUCGACCUAUGAUUGGAGAUUCUUAAAUUAUUUGUGCAAAUUAGAUUAUGGACGAACCAUGACUUUUAAUAAAAAUGAGAAAGCAGAUGAGAGAGCAUUUAUAAUGAAGAAUUGUGAAAUGACAAUAAUAGGUGCAGUAGGAUGUGGAGAAGGAAAGGUUGAAUUUAAUUCAGUUGAAGAUCGUGUUAUAAAAACAAACUUAUUUUUUAGUAGCAAUAUUAAUUUACAGAAUUUUGUUAAUUUAGCGAUAUUAGGUGAAAGGGCUAAAAAUGUAAAAACAAAUUUUGAAGAAAAAAUUUCCUAUCAUUAUACAGAGUAUGGUAAGGUAUCAUUGGAAUUUGGUAAUUUUUUAGAACCAACUCCAAAGUUUAUUAAAGAGGUGGAAAAUGCCAUAAAUCUUAAAGAUCCUAAAAAAUUUAAGCAAAUUACUGAAAAAUUUGGUCAAUUCAUUCCAACUAAAGUCAUUUUGGGUGGAAGAGCAUAUUAUAGAGAGUUAGAAAUAUUGGAGAAAUAUACCAAAGAAAAUGGUUAUAAAGGUUCUAUGAAUGCAUGUGGAACAACUUCAAGUGGAAUCGCUUCUCAGUGCUCGAACAGCAAAUCUAAUUUCUAUAAAACUGGAUGUACAAAAUUGAUUGGAGGAGCGCAUCCUGCUAGCUUUAAAGAGUUUGAUGAAAAUGCUUGGAUUAAAUCUUUAAAAGAUUUUAGAAAUUGGGAUUGCAUAGAAUUUCAAAAACCAGUUGGAAUUUUCCAGCUUUUACCUAAUCAUUUACGUAAACUAAUAAUUUCAUCUUUAGGGAAAAAAAUUCUUUAUUCUAACAUUGAACCCCACGAGAUUCCAAUAACAUAUAGUGAACCACAAGUCAUUAAAUUAGAUAUACCAGAUGAUAUUUCAGAAAUUUUUCGAAUCAAGGAUACUGAUUGUAGCAUCUUUGCAACAAUUGUUGAUACGGAAAAACCAAAGCUUUUUUAUAAAAAAACAAAUGAUUUUUUUAGCUGUCAAGUCCUUUGCUUCCCAGGUGCUAAUCCACAACUUAUAAUUCAUUGCACUAAGAAAGCAACUGGAGAUGAAGCCCGUAAACGCAAACUAAAUAUCGGAUGGAUGAUAAUUGGUUAUUAUAAAGAUUUAAAUUUUAUUACAGAUUUUGAUGUUCAAUUCAAAAUCGCUAAAAUAGAUAUUAAUACUACAUCCAAUUCAUCACAAUCUAUGUAUUAUAAAGAAUAUUUAGAUUUUGAAUACAAUUCAUUAACAAAUAAAGUUCCUUGUAUUGGGAUUCCUGUACUAGAAAAAUUGGAUUCUUCGAAUAAAUCUCUCAUCAUUGGACAUCAAUUUUUUGAUAAUCACGGAAUAAAUAGAAUUGGAUCAUAUACAUUUUCUUAUUGUUUGGAAAAAAAUCAUUACGUUAAUUUACCUGAAUUUAAACUUUAUACUCUUGUAAUUUUAAAUUAUGACCCUAAGACUUACGGUACACUGUAUUUUGGACAAAAAUCAUAUAUCGAAUUUAGUGAUCCUUUAAAACCGAGAUAUAUUAGUUUAUAUUUCACAAACGAAAAUAAUUGUGGUCCAAUUUUUCUGAGACAAAAAUUUAAUCGAAUUAAUAUGAAACAUAUUGAUUGUAAGCAUAAAGGUAAUGAUUGUUUUAUUUGUUCAGAUAAAGCAUUUACAUUAAAAUUUUCAAAUGAACAAAUUGAAUGUAUUUACUUUGAUCCGCACAAAAACGAUUAA